AUGAGUGACAAUGGCUAUGACCCUCUAGUCACUGAGGAUUUUGAUUGGGGCAAUGAGUGCGUUGACCCAACAAUAGCUCCACCCCAAGGUGCUCGAGGGUGUCCUGAUGACAUUUCAUGGGAACUUGUUGAUGAGGCUGUUGGUGCAAGUUCUUCGCUGCAAGGUCGCAACUUUCCUAGAGCUAGCACCAUGGCAAGGGGCCCCUCAAAUGUUAAUGUACAGUACCAAAGGCAGCGCAAAAGGGCUGCUCCGUCUCGAACAUUUCUUCAUGAAGAUGACGAAGAGGAUGACCAAAAACAACAAUCAAGUAUCCCCAAUGGAGAGGAUGAUGAUUCAGACUUUCUUCAAGAUGAUGUUGAUGUGACCGAUGAUGAUGAAGAUCCAACUAGUGCUGACCAAGAUGGCGAAGACAACACAAAUACUGCCAUGGAUGAGUUCGAUGAUGGCUAUUGA